GCAAAGUACGCAUUGUAAGAGGGAAACAUUAAGAGGACGCAAAAACGUGUUAUCCUGCAAUGAGGGGAGUGAUGUAGCGACCUGCUGAAGUGCCAAGCCUACGACGGCGAAGCGUGAGUUGGGCCCCCGCGAAAGUACCCAGUGUACACCCUGCAGCUGCAAAUUUUGCGUCAUUCACCCGCGAACAACCGCGUAACGGUAGCGCAAUAACAGCGUAGUAACAGCGUAACAUCUGUGCCGCUCUCCAUCCCGGCUGAAGACCGCCCGCCCAGCAUACAAACGUGUACUUACCCUAACGAGGAAACGAAACGUAACAUCCCCACCCAUCGCUCAGCCAUGACCACUUACAAUGUCCUCGGGGAAAUAACCGAGUUUGAUGAGAAGGAGACCGUCAUUUCGCAUCAGUAUGCAAGAAUUAGGAAGAUAGAAAAUGUCGAAAAGUGCAAAAAUUUGAAGACCCUGCAGCUGAUCUCCAACUGCAUCGAAAAAAUCGAAAACUUGGAAAACAACUUGGCGUUGGAGAACCUGGAACUUUACGAAAAUUCGAUUAAAAAAAUAGAAAACGUUUGCAUGCUCACCAAUUUGAAAAUACUCGACCUCUCCUUCAACAAAAUUCGGACCAUUGAGAACAUCGACACGCUGGUAAACCUGGAGGAGCUGUACCUGUCGAGCAACAAAAUCGCAAAGAUCGAAAACCUCCAGAAUUGCAAAAAGCUGAGACUGCUCGAGUUGGGCUACAACAAAAUCAGGAGAAUCGAAAAUCUGGAAAGCCUCCAAAACUUGGAGGAGCUGUGGCUGGGGAAGAACAAAAUAGAAGAGCUGAAUCUCCCGAGCCUACCCAAAUUAAAGAAGCUGAGUUUACAACACAACCGAUUAACCAACUGGUCCGUUGAGGCCAUUAGAAACAUCCCACAAGUUACGGAGCUUUACCUGAGUUACAAUAAAUUAAGUACCAUCAUAGAAAACGUAAAAGAGUUGAAGAACCUGAAGGUUUUUGAUCUGUCCUACAACGAAAUUGAAAACAUAGUAACCUGUUCGGAGCUCAAAUCUUUGGAAGAGCUGUGGCUAAACAACAAUAACAUUGACAGCAUAGAAAUGGUUAGUAAAUUGAGUGGAAAUGAAAAUUUAAAAACGCUUUAUUUGGAAAAGAACGAAAUUCAGGAUAAGCUCAAGGAAGACUACAGGGCGCAGAUCAUUUCGAUUCUUCCCCAGUUGAAGCAGCUUGACGCUCUGCUCAUUUCGCCGAUAAAGGUUUCUCGGGGCCAGCUCACCCCAGGGAAAACGCAAUGA